GUCGCGAAACACCCCCCAAGGCGCUGGACAAUUGAUCAUUCAAUUCGCAGGACCGACCGAGUCCACGCGCUGCUUGCGUGUCGUCCCUCGCACCAAAUAGAGAGAAAUCAUCCUUCUUCCUUGCAAACAUCAAACCAAGAACUUAACAAUGGCCGCAGUGAGGUCUCGCCCCUCCCUCCUCCGUGUCAUGUCCUGCUGCCUCUGCUGCUUCUCUAUCGUCUCCAUCCAUGUCCGCCCCGCUGGCUCGGUGUCCUUCAACCUCACCUUCUCCCAGCCCCGCGCCCCCGGCAACCUGCCGCAGCUGAUCAACUGCACCGGCGACGCCUACCUGAGCCCGGAUACGCUCGAGCUGACCAAGAACCGGCGUGAUCAGAGCAGCACAUACAGCACCGGCCGCGCGAAGUACACGCAGAGGGUGCCCCUCUGGGACAGGGCCUCCGGCGAGGUCGCUAGCUUCACCACCACCUUCCGCUUCCAAAUCACUCUGGACCCCAGCACGAAUUGGCCAGGAGACGGCAUGGCUUUCUUCCUCGGGAGUUUCCAGUCGGACAUCCCCGCCAACAGCGGCGGCGGGAGGCUGGGCCUCCUCCCGGGCUACACCAACGGCACCGGCGACGGCACCAUCGUCGCCGUCGAGUUCGACACCUUCAAGAAUGCGGAGCCCGCCGACAUCAGCGGCAACCAUGUGGGCAUCGACGUCAACUCCCUCACCUCCACGGCGUCCACGGACACCACCUCGCCGACCCACAACCUGACGUCCGGGUACCCCAUGGUGGCCACCGUGAGGUACGAGAACGUCACCCAGUUGCUGGCCGUCCACCUCCAGAUCAACGCAACAUCCUACCACGUCAACGCGACCGUGGAUCUGAGGAGCUACCUGCCGGAGGAUGUCGCCGUGGGUUUCUCAGCGGCCACCGGCGCGUUAGGCGAGCAGCACCAGAUACUGUCAUGGUCAUUCAGCUCCACUCUGCAGCGGCCAACAAUCGCGCCCGUAGGACCGCCGCCUCAGACUCAGAGUCCUGAUGACCCGAUUGUCCCCUCCAAGAAGAAAGCCGGAGGAAUCCUGAUCCCCGUGCUGGUGCCUCUGCUAUCUCUGUCGGCAUGUGCAGCUGUGGGCUUGGUCCUAUGGCGGCGACGAAGAUCCAGGAGGAGACCAGGCGAAUCAAGCGACAGCGAUUACGAAGAGCAGGAGCACAGGGCUGAGCUCGAGAGAGGGGUGGCUGCUAGCGGCCCCAGGCGGUACUCGUACCGCGAGCUGGCCGCCGCCACGGGCGACUUCGCCGAGGGCCAGAAGCUCGGUCGCGGUGGCUUCGGGAGCGUCUACCAGGGCUCGCUCGCCGUGAGUGGCCAGGACCGCGCGGUGGCGAUCAAGAUGUUCUCGUCGGAGUCGUCGGCGCAGGGGAGGAAGGAGUUCGAGGCGGAGGUGCGGAUCAUCAGCCGGCUCAAGCAUCGCAACCUGGUGCAGCUCCUGGGCUGGUGCGACAGCCGCCACGGCCUCCUGCUCGUCUACGAGCUGGUAGCCCAAGGCAGCCUCGACAGGCAUCUCCACAGCAGCGAGAGGUUCCUGACAUGGCCGGAAAGGUUCCGGAUCAUCCUCGGCUUGGGCUCGGCGCUGCGGUACCUCCACCAGGAGUGGGAGCAGUGCGUGGUGCACGGCGACAUCAAGCCCAGCAACGUCAUGCUGGACGAGGCGCUGGGCGCCAAGCUGGGGGACUUCGGCCUCGCCCGCCUCGUCGACCACGGCGCGGCGUCGCACACCACCAAGGCCGUGCUCGGCACCGCGGGCUACAUCGACCCGGAGUUCGUCAACACGCGCCACCCGAGCGCCGAGGCCGACGUCUACAGCUUCGGCGUCGUCCUCCUCGAGGUCGUCUCCGGGCGCUCCCCGGUGGUCCUGCUGCCGGGCGGCCGGCCGCCCUUCAUGCUGCUCAAGUGGGUGUGGGGCCUCUACGGCCGGAGCGCGACUCUUGACGCGGCGGACGAGCGGCUCAGGGGCGGCGGCGAGGACGACGACCGCUGCAUGGAGCGGGCGCUGGUGGUGGGGCUCUGGUGCGCGCACCCCGACCAGAGCGAGCGGCCGUCCAUCGCGCAGGCCGCGCACGUCCUGCAGACCCCGGACGCCAGGCUGCCGGAGCUCCCGCGCCACAUGUACAAGACGGCGGCGUCGUCAGAUCUUUCCUUCGCCGGGUCUGCGUACGGCGCCAUGUCCAUCGAAAGCUACAGCGGUGGUGUCUCCUCUUCGACAAUGACAGGCCACUCCAAGGUUUCUUCUGACUCGUCGUCCACGGCUUUGCUCCGAGAUUCGAGAGAGUUAGCUUGAUUUGUUUUUCCAACCUUGUGAUGUUGUCUAUGGUAGUACAGACUGUAAAAUCGAAUUGCGUUAAUUCCGUUGCCAUCACUAUUGCGCCUGCCCCGGCCGCCCGCCUCGCUCCUCCUGCACCCGCUAUGCGCCUCCCCUGGAAGCGAUACUUCAAAUUCGAGUGUCUAUUUGUCAUUCAUCAGAUUAUUGUGUCCAGCAGAAGCUGCCCUGUCAAGAGGAAGGUGGUGACGACAAUAGAUGGACAGAUUGCUGAAAUUCUGAAUGAAUUUGAGUGUUCCCUUUGUUGAA